GGUGUUCUGGCUAUGAGAACACGUUUUCCAUUGGAGCCGGGAAGAAGAACAGAAGACCCUAUAGCAUGGCGCCAGCGGGCACCCUCUGGUGGGGUCUCAUCUUCCUUCUGAUGAUCUCUCCAUCCAUGGCCAUUUACUGUGAUGAAGACGAUUGCUACGAUCUUCUGGGUGUUUCUCAAAGCGCCAAUGCUUCAGAAAUCAAGAAAGCUUACUACAAGCUGUCAUUGAAAUAUCACCCAGAUAAAAACCCAGAUCCGGAAUCCAGAAAGCUUUUUGUGAAAAUUGCAAAUGCUUAUGAGAUUCUGAAAGACGAGGCCACGCGUGAGCAGUAUGAUUAUGCAAUUGCUCAUCCAGAGGAGGUCUUUUACAAUGCUGCUCGCUACUAUCAUGCAUAUUAUGGUCAUAAAACGGAUCCCCGUGCUGUCCUUGUGGGUCUUCUUUUAGUUCUCUCUGCAUUUCAAUAUCUAAAUCAGUGGACAAGGUAUACACAGGCUGUAGACAUGGUAAAGAAGACACCAGCUUACAAAAAUAGAUUGCGGGCAUUAGAACUUGAGCGCACUGGAGGUGCUACAAACAAAAAGAAGAGUCACAAACAGAUGGACAAGAAAAUGGAGGAAGAGCUCAGCAAAGAACUUGAACUGCAGAUAAAGGGGGCUGAAAAACCCUCCAUAUGGGAACUUAUUGGUGUCCGUUUUGUACUCCUACCUUAUACCAUUGGCAAGGUACUAUUAUGGCAUGGAUUUUGGUUCUGGAGAUACAAGGUAAAACAAGCUCCAUAUUCUUGGGAAGAUGCUUCUUACCUGACACGGAAAUCCCUAAGAGUGCCUUUUGAUGCAUGGAGAAAUAUUGAUGAAUCGACAAAGGAAGAUCUUCUUCAGAGACGUUUAUGGGAAAAGUCCAACCUAGAGAAAUACCUGGCAGAGCUGCGAAAAGAUUCAAAGCGCAGAAGAUAGCAGAUUUUGUUUCAUUGCCUUGCUAUCCAUUGCUCUUUAAAUCUGAACACAAAUUUUUUUGGGGUUUAGAAGUCCAGUGAUACAAGCCAGUGAUGGCCUAAUUGUAAACACAUAAUCAUAUGCCUUUGAUGAUACGAAAAGAUAGAGAAGGAAUUUUGUUCAACCUUCCAUGAUAGUUACAAAUGUGUGAACAUUUAUAACAUGGGUGUGAUAAGAUAAGUCGACAUGGUCUGUAAUCCUAUAUGUUAGCUUCCUGACCACCCUUCAUUUGCUCUUCUAUACAUUUAUGACUAGAUUUAAAUAUUGUGAACUUUACUGAUA